AUGUUACGGACAUCUUUCUUUGCGUUGCGCCACCGUCAUGCGUUAAAACUGAACGGUGUUAUAUAUUCCGUAGCUCGUAGUUACUCUUCUAUUGAAGACUUCAAUAAGAAGAAGAAAACGUACUCCUAUGGACUUGAUCUCGAUGACUUGGAGAAGGUACACAGAGCCGAUGAAGCUAAAGUUGAUUUGAAUUCCGUCCUUGAGGGACAUCCAGAUUUGGCAGACUUGAAGCCUGGAUCUCCAGAGUAUAAGGAUCGUAUGUACUCAUUACAUCAAUCACUUCAAAAUGACCAAAGGAAAGAACAAAGAAAGUAUGAAUCUAGAGAGAGAUUAAAGGCAGUUGCGAUUGGCUUUGGAGCAGUGGUUGGGUUGAUAGCGAUCCACCAAGCGGCACUAAAUUAUGAAUACUUGAAAAAUUGGUUAAACCAUAGUAGAACCUAUGGAAAAGAGGUUGAUACCGAGAAGAUCAUGUCAUUGGACGAUCCUUCUAAGAAUACAAACAACAUGGCCAAUUUAGUUAGCAAAUUUACAGAUAAUUUGGAUACGUUGAAUAUCAUCCUGAAUUUAAAACUGCUGGAAGAAACUCCAGGUUUAUAUUUAUUUGGAGGGGUUAAAGCAAGAUCGAAAUUCCCUCUUAGAGUUCCAUUUUUUGAUGAUAAGCUCUUGAAGGAUGUUCAAUUGAAGGACACCUUGUUAGUUGCAAUUAACAGCAAAGGCAAUGAGUUGUACGAAAUGAAAAUCGAUUUAGGAAAACUGCUGAAGAAUAUCAAGCCUCCAGUGGUUGAAAAAAUCAAGACUCCAUUCAUUGUGAAGAAGUGCCAAUUGACUGCUAACUUCAUUUAUUUGCUUUCGGAAAAGGGAGAAACGUAUUUCAAAGUCAGAAAUGACGUAGCUAGUAAGAAGAAGAUCGAAUUGGAUGGUUAUUCUUCUAGAAAUUGGAUUGGAAUGUCAAAAAAGUCUACCGUAUUUGGAAAAUUUCCUGGUAAAUUUGAAGAUAUCCUGGCUGGAGAGAGCCAUUUGUUGUUGCUUGGGAAAGCCGGAGAUCUUUCUGUAGUGAGUUCUUCUUCUAGCGCAGCUAAUUUCGGACAAUUGGGAUUGCCAAAAUAUUCCCCUUACACCCAGAAGAGCUCCAAUACCAAUACCUCGAUAAAUGGUGUUGAUGCUCCGAUUAACACUCCUCUAGAGCUUAUUGGACUCAACUAUGAAAUUGUUUCCUCACCAACUGGCGAAAAGUCAACCAGACCGAGAGUUUUUUCUCACAUCGCCACUGGGAAGUUUCACAACUUAGCUUCAGAUCUUGCUGGUAAUGUUUGGACUUGGGGUAAGAAUACCUAUGGAGAGUGUGGCCUGGAGCUUAGUUACAGAACAGAUGUUCAAUCUAUUCCUCAGAUUGCUUUCACAACUAAGGACUUCUUGAAUGCCACGAAGCACUUUUCACCUCUCCAGAAUAGUCAAUUAUUGGAUCUCUGGCAAGUGGAUGGUUUAUACAGUGGAUCCGAGACUUCCUAUAUCAAAGUAAACUUCGAUAACUCGGUCGACUUUUUGUUCUCCUUUGGUAAUGGAUUAAAGGGGCAGCUUGGAAACAAUUUGUACUUACAUGCUUCUCCUAAGCUUCAGACGAUGAAAUCACUUCUUGGCCUCAAAGAAUUCGAUGAAGCUUCCAAUAAGACACGCUCUAUCGGAAUAAAAGACGUAAAACUUGGAGAAAACCACGGAUUCAUUGUACUAGAUAACUCUGGGAAUCACCAAGAUUUGCUUAGUUUUGGAGACAAUGAGUUUGGACAAUUGGGAAAUGGAAAAUAUGUGAAAAACAGUAAACCAAACCAAAUACCGAAACUCAUUGAACCUGAAGAAUUGGACAAAAGCAAGACUGACAUUGCCGAUUUGAAAAAGGAACUAACAAAGAGAAUUCUCGAUGUCAACAAUAAGAGAUUGCAAUUGGUGAAGGACGAAAAGAAAAGAUGGCAACAGCUGAUUUCUGCGGGUGACAAUUGUUCUGCUAUUUACUAUAAGAGUAUAUAG